AGUUGCUUUUCCCAAACAAUGCCCUAAUGCUGUGUAUACAACCGCCCCCAUCUUGUGAAAAACCUAGACCUGAACCUAAACAGCAUCAGAAAAGGGAGUUAACCUCUCUCUCUUCUCUCUUCUUUUCUCUCUCUACACACGUUACGGUCGAUGCGCGUUUGGACAAUCAGAUCCUCUGCUAAGCUCCUUCAGGGCCAAAGGGAGGGUUCAAUUCGUAAAUGGUCUGUUCCUCUUUCUCGAUCUCAAUCUCUCCAUAUUUCAUGUCUUCCAUCGACAUCUCUCUCUCCAGUGCUCUCUCUCCGACAAAGCGGCCUCAAACCAUAGUUUCUGAUUCAUUAUCUAUACACCUCCAUUGUCAAUUUCGUCGGCAAAAAUCUACUAUCAGUUCAAGGGUUUUGUGUUCAAAUCUUCAAUCAUCAGUAUAACAUGAGUGGUUCUGAGCUAUUAGUAUUUGGGUCGUUCACUGAAGAUGAAACCAAGUCAUUGCUGGGACAGUCAUCUAAAAAUGCUGAAAAGCCCGUGGAAAAGAAAGAGCUGCAAUUUGGUUCAACGAAUUUCGUAGGUGAAAUAUCUUUUGGUGGAUUCAGUGAAGAACCACUCAAACAGCUGGAUUCUUCAAAAGUGCCAGUAGGUUGUCAGCCCUCUAAUAUCCAAGGAGACAAUAAAGGCAGGAGUGUAAAAACAGAAAAUGAUCUCUUGGCUGGAGCCUUGGGAAGUUUAGAGGAAAAUGGAGGCAUUCAGAAUUCUGCUCAUUGUUCUACCCUUAGUAAUGGCAGGAAAGAAUUUCAAAUUAAAGAUAGCAUUGGUUUAAGUCCUCUACAAGUUUGUGAAAAUGAAGAUGGCUCUCCAGUUGAAUCCUCUGGCUUGGAACCAGAAACCCUUGAUGGAAGCCCAGAGAAAGGACAUUCAAAUGGUACCAUUGAUAAUUCAUCUGCAGAACCGCUCUUUGAAGAGAAUACCCACAAGGCAUCUAAUGGGUCUGCUAUAACUGUUAGACACUUAUUACCCAGAGGCUUAAUCAACUCAGGGAAUCUGUGCUUUCUUAAUGCAACUCUGCAGGCUCUUCUAUCCUGUUCUCCUUUUGUUCAGCUCUUACAGGAACUAAGAAUUCGCAAGAUUCCUAAGGCUGGCUGUCCAACAUUAGCUGCAUUUGCUGAGUUUGUCUCUGACUUCGACAUGCCCUGUGGUGCAAGCUCAAACAAAAAAGAUAUGACUGUUCUUGAAACUGGUAGUUCUUUUCGCCCUGCCAUGUUCGAAAAUGUGCUGAAAAAAUUUACUCCUGAUGUACUUUGUAGCAUCUCAGGCAGGCCAAGACAAGAAGAUGCACAGGAGUUUCUGAGUUUCAUCAUGCAUCAAAUGCAUGACGAAUUACUUAAGCUUGAAGGAAAAUUAUCAAGGUUAAAUGGAGGAAAAUCAUCUUUGGUUUCUUCAGGGGAAGAUGAUGAAUGGGAGACCGUUGGCCCAAAGAACAAAUCUGCAGUUACAAGAACACAAAAUUUCGUUCCUUCGGAAAUAAGUGCAAUUUUUGGAGGACAACUGAAAAGUGUUGUGAAGUCAAGAGGAAAUAAAGCUUCAGCUACUGUUCAACCAUUUUUGCUGCUCCAUCUUGAUAUUUCUAAUGAAGGUGUUCAUACUAUUGAAGAUGCUCUUCGUUUAUUUUCUGCACCAGAAACACUUGAGGAAUACCGUACAUCAGCUAUUGGAAAGACUGGCAUUGCGACUGCCAGAAAAGCUGUAAACAUACAGUCACUUCCCAAGAUAAUGAUAUUGCACCUGAUGCGCUUUGGCUAUGGAAGUCAUGGAAGCACCAAACUACAUAAACCUGUGCACUUCCCUCUUGAACUUAAGCUAGGUCGUGAAUUGCUUGUUUCUCCAUCAAUUGAGGGCCGGAGAUACGAGCUUGUUUCAACAAUAACCCACCAUGGUAGGGAAGCCUCAAAAGGGCAUUAUACUGCUGAUGCCCGCUACUCCAACGGGCAAUGGUUACGGUUUGAUGACACAUCUGUUACUGCCAUUGGCACAAGCAAGGUGUUGCAUGACCAGGCUUAUGUUCUUUUGUACAAACAAGCAUGAGAUUAAUUAUGGAGAUUCAUAUUCAGUUAUACCCCCACAGAAAAGGAAGUUAUGCAAGAAUCUAGUUAGUUGUGGAGAUGAUAUGAUGUGAUAUAUAUAUUUUUUUAUUCCCCGGAAGUUGAUGGUAUGAUCUGAUUGAUUGCCACUUGUACGUUUAGCCAGGGCCCCAUAAUCACAACACAGGCCCUCAUGGUGAAUGUUGGGAUAGAUAUCUCUAGUUGGGAAAAAGUAGCUGAUUUUUGAAGUGUUUUGGGAAGCACAUGUUGAUGUAUAUGUCACUUCUUUAUCUAUUUAAGGCUUUAUUAUUUCUAUACAAUCAUUUCUUUUCUCAAAAA